AGCGCCCCGUAGCGGCGCCGCGGUUCACCGCCUGACGAGAAACGUAGAUAUUCUCGGCCUCACGACCAUUUUUGAUGGUGAUUGUGUGUGAAAGAGCAUGGAGGAAAGUCAGAAAAUAUGGUGUAACUAAGUGGAUUCUGUGGUUCGUGCGGGUCUCCUAGUGUGGACAAAAUGUGUAUGAACGUGUGUAUAUAGUAAUGUAUAUAUGGAAAUUGAUGCGAGACUCUGUUAGCUGCGAAACGCGUAUUAACAUAACAUUUAGCUUUCAAGAUGGCUGGAAACUGAAGGACUUCUUUGUCCCCCUGAUGACAGUAUGAUAUUGCGUUCGUUUAUGGCAGAGCACGUUAUUGAAAGGGAAUGCAUGACAUGUUCAUCCACUCCCAACAGUUGGUCACAAACAACUACAGCAGUGGUGCAGUACAAUCGAAGAAGCGCAAAGCAACAGAUCAGUAUAACAGUAUUAACGCUGAACAAUUUGUGUCUCAAAACUCAGCAUAUUCUCUGAGCCAGGCUAAUGCGAAUGAUGUUAACAGUAGUCAUUAUCAACAGCCAAGCGUACGAUCAUCUGCCAUCAAAUUGUUAGACUCCUACCAACGCUGUAACCAAAAGCGUAAGGCCUGGUCAUCUGAAGGUAAUGGUGAUUGUGGUCAAGCCGGAGGAGUUAUCACCGAAAAUACAAGUACAACCGUCACUACGGCUCACAGCAAAGUCAACGCGGCCCCCGGGGCCAAUCCCCAGCCGCAAGGUAAGCGGUCGGGGAGUGGCGCCGAUGGGGAUUACCAGCUUGUGCAACAUGAAGUUUUGUAUUCUAUGACGAAUCAAUAUGAAGUUUUGGAGUUUCUGGGCAGAGGAACAUUCGGCCAAGUAGUGAAAUGCUGGAAGAAAGGCACCAAUGAAAUCGUUGCAAUCAAAAUAUUAAAGAAUCACCCUUCGUACGCUAGACAGGGGCAAAUAGAAGUUAGUAUUUUAUCUAGAUUAAGUCAAGAAAAUGCAGAUGAGUUCAACUUUGUUCGUGCCUAUGAGUGUUUUCAACACAAAAAUCACACCUGCCUUGUAUUUGAAAUGUUGGAGCAGAAUCUCUAUGAUUUCCUUAAACAGAAUAAGUUCAGUCCACUGCCAUUAAAAUAUAUUCGACCAAUUCUGCAACAAGUAUUGACUGCAUUGCUGAAACUAAAGCAACUAGGUCUAAUACAUGCAGAUUUGAAGCCUGAAAAUAUCAUGUUAGUAGAUCCAGUGCGUCAGCCUUAUCGUGUAAAAGUGAUUGAUUUUGGAAGCGCUAGCCAUGUUAGCAAAGCAGUCUGUAAUACUUAUCUGCAAUCGCGUUACUAUCGUGCACCCGAAAUUAUUCUUGGCUUACCGUUCUGCGAAGCAAUCGAUAUGUGGUCUUUGGGAUGCGUAGUGGCUGAAUUAUUUCUGGGUUGGCCUCUAUACCCAGGUUCAUCAGAGUACGAUCAGAUACGUUACAUAAGCCAAACACAAGGACUUCCGACAGAGCAUAUGCUAAACAAUGCAUCGAAAACGACAAAAUUCUUCUACAGGGAUAUGGAAAGUACAUAUCCUUUCUGGAGAUUGAAAACACCUGAGGAACAUGAAGCCGAGACCGGCAUAAAAUCCAAGGAGGCUAGAAAGUAUAUAUUCAAUUGUUUGGACGAUAUUGGACAAGUGAAUGUUCCGACGGAUCUUGAAGGAGGACAACUGCUGGCGGAAAAAGUCGAUAGGAAAGAAUUUAUAGAUCUUCUUAAGAGGAUGCUGACUAUGGACCAGGUAGAACGUAGAACAACACCGGGAGAAGCACUGAAUCAUCCAUUUGUACGACUGGCUCAUUUGGUUGACUACGCGCAUUGCAACAAUGUGAAGGCCAGCGUACAAAUGAUGGAAGUAUGCAGAAGAAACGAUUUUAAUAAUACGUCUUCGUCCAAUCAUCAUCAGACGGCACAACAAGCGCCUUCUUUGGUUGCUAAUUUCGUUCCUAGUUCUAAUGGGAACGUUACUUUCACCAUUAACAACCAAUUGACUAACCAGGUACAACGACUCGUUAGGGAUAGACCAGGUUACGAUAAUUUGGCAUAUCAAAUAUACAAUGGACGUCCUGUCGGUAGACAAUACUCGACAAGUAGCAGGACUGAUCCUUUCCAACAUCAACUAGUAUCGAGCAUCCUGUGCCCUGCUGGUUAUCAGGGAAUGGGCGGAUCACCAGCUAAACAUGUAACUGUGGUCCAACAGCCUUCGUUACAAAUACAACCACCGAUAUUGAGCCAGCCUGGUCAACAGCAGUACGUACCAGUUAGUGUUGUGGAACCUAAUGGAAGACAAAUGCUUCUAACUAAUGCGGUGCAAACGUCGUGGCCGACCAACCGACAAAUGGCUAUAGUUCCAUCUUGGCAACAAAUACCGUCGCAACAUGCAACUAUACAACAGCCCAUUUUGUCGGAUGCCACUGAUUGGGGAAGACCGUUACUUGUCGAUUCAUCUGCUAUACUUCAAGAACAGAGGCCCGUAUUUCCAGUCGAUGUUGCUACUGAAGUUUAUAAUCAACCAAUUGUGGAACAUCCCAAUGGUUCGUGGUCAUCAACUAAAAGAAGCUCCAAAAAUCAUCUUCCACAAUCGACACAUCAUGGUCAUCAUCUUAUGGUCCCCACUCAUCAUAGAUCGCAACACGAUAAGAAGGAGCAAACACAACUUAGCCCAGUCAAGAAGCGUGUUAAAGAGAGUACACCGCCGUCGGAUCAAUCUUAUGCACAACAUUCCAGGAGAAAUCAUAGUCCUAUAAAUAACUGGCACCAUACUCAAGUACAUACUAAACAAGAACCUAGUAGCGGGCGCCAACAUACUAUUACUAUAAAUGACACACCUUCGCCAGCCGUCUCGGUGAUUACCAUUUCGGAUAGUGAAGAUGAAGGUUCGAAUCAAAAGAAACCUGUUAUUCAGAGCACAGUCCACGCUAAUGACAAUGUUAACAUUAAUAGAAAAAAUGUUAUUAGUUGUGUCAGCGUAGGCGAUAGCGACAAUGACGAUCGCAAGAGCCCGGCGAAGUUACAGAUUCCACAAUCCUAUCAACAUGUUAUAAAGAACGAGCCGUCGCAGAAUCCGAACAUAAAUUAUUCAGUUUCGCAAUCGCGCAAGAAUCGAUUGCUGGCGAAAGCUCAAACCGAAUGCAUGUUGAAUUUACCGACGAAACAGGAACCAGGCACCGAUUAUCAGAAUCAAACGCAUCGGUCCGAUUACAUGCAGAAUUGUGGAUCCACGUGUAAAGAGCCGAUCGGCCAAAACUAUCAGUAUGCAAAUAAUUCGGUUGCCGGUCACGGUGGUCAGGAUCAGCACAUCAUAUAUUCUGGCGAUAAGAGGGUGUCCUGGGCAGCCCCCACCGGGCACGCGUCAAGUUCGCACAGUGGGAACAGCAGGCGGCAUUCUGCGGUGCCGGUCGUAAACCUGCGCGAUUUCAAUAUUCAGCCGCAAGGGCAUAAGGAUUAUAUACAGCCACCUGCAGCUCACACUACUAGGGAUAUCGGGAUUUCAAGGGAUCAACAUUUGUUGGCUUCUGGGAAGAACUGGGGACCACAAACUAUACAUCAAGGGUAUAGACAUUCGAAUGCCCAUCUAUCACCGCAACCAUUGACCGGUGCUCCAAGAUUAUCUCCGCAACAUCCUCUAGCUGCAGCUGGUCAGCCCCUCUACCAUCAGACGGCGGAGCUGUACAGGCGGCCAGCAGUUUACGUGACGACCACCCAACCCGCCUAUAUACCUACGACCCAUCAAGUACCAACGGGUCGUCAAAUACCGCCACCUGCUCACCACGCAAGUGCAAGACCGGUACUAGCAAAUCAUCCGGGUCAUCCUUUGCCGGCCCACAUGCAAUUUCCAUCUCAUGCCCAAGUCGCAGCAGCCUCUUACGGAUUCGCACCACUGAGUCCAGCGAAAAGCCAUCAAUACCAAGCGAGUCUCUGGUUCGCCGAAUAAUUGCGAAACCGCAAAAGAUACGCGUAAUUCUAUAUAUAUAUAUAUGAAGAUAAGUAUACGUUUAUUUUCAUCAUCCUACACAACACUGCGUUUCGAUUGAAUUCAAACCGAACGAAGUUCCAAUUAAUCAACAGCAACAGCAUACUACUUAUCACACUAUAUGUCUGUCGUCUCUAUGUUAUUAUUAUUAGUAUUUUAAAUGAUUGAUUCGUUCGGGACUUUUUGAACUGGUGAUUGAAAGUAGAGUAUUAUUAUGAUUAUGUACAUACUGAAGAAACGGAAAUUAGUCAUCGUGCAAUUUGCAACAAUAUAUUUUGAUUAUGUUUGAUAAAUAUUAUAAGAACAUUGAGCUUUUCACACUAGAAAUACUAAUUAUUAAAAAAAUUGCACGUGGAAAGCUCUAUUUUAUUUCGAAACAAAUCUAACUUUG